ACAAGUGCUUUUUUCGCAGGAGGACAUCUACAUAUCUACAUAUCCAACUUUUAUUUCAUCUGCAUGUUGAUUUGAAUUUGCUCCCGUGGUACGCUUGCACCCUUGGGUGUUUGUAUGGGUGAUUGAGCGGGUGGUGGACGGGGACGUGUCACCAUGGCCCUGGGUGCGGUGUGGAGCCGUGUUAAAAAUGUGUGCCAACAAAACGGCCUCCUCAUCUUGUCAGUAUUGGCUGUGGUUAUUGGAUGCCUCCUGGGCUUCUUCCUGCGCUCAAAGCACCUCUCUGAACAGGAGGUGAAGUAUUUCCAGUUUCCAGGGGAGUUACUAAUGCGAAUGUUAAAGAUGCUCAUCUUGCCUCUUGUUGUCUCCAGUUUAAUGUCUGGUCUAGCAGCACUGGAUGCCAAGUGUUCCAGUCGGCUGGGCAUCAUGACAAUCUCAUAUUAUCUGUGGACGACCUUUGUGGCUGUGGUGGUGGGCAUCGUCAUGGUCAUCAUCAUCCACCCGGGUGGAGCAGCACAGAAGGAGGACUCUGAAGACAGCGGCAAGCCCAUCAUGAGCUCAGCUGAUGCUCUGCUGGACCUUAUACGCAACAUGUUUCCUGCCAACUUGGUUCAAGCAACUUUUCAACAAUAUCGCACAAGAAGUAUUCCCAUCAUGAAGCCCAAACCCACCAGCAGUCAGGAUUUACAGGACGCCACCACCAGACGCGUCUUCAUUUAUGGAAUCCAAGAUGACAACGGCACAGAUAUUCAGAAUUUUUCCCUCGACCUGACGCCACCUCCUGAUGUUGUCUUCAGGACGCUGCCAGGCACCAGUGAGGGCAUGAAUGUGCUUGGUAUUGUGAUCUUCUCAGCCACUAUGGGUAUAAUGCUUGGAAGGAUGGGCCCAAAUGGCAGCGCUCUGGUCAACUUUUGCCAAAGUCUGAAUGAAGCUGUGCUGAAAAUUGUGGCUAUUGUUAUAUGGUACUUCCCAUUUGGGAUUGUGUUCCUGGUAGCCGGAAAGAUCUUGGAAAUGGACGACCCUUCAGCCAUGGGAAAGAAGCUGGGUUUCUAUGCUAUUACUGUGGUGAUGGGACUGGUGCUUCAUGGCCUGUUCAUCCUGCCUUCUAUGUACUUCUUCAUCACCAAAAAAAGCCCCAUCGUCUACAUCCGAGGCAUCUUACAGGCCCUGCUUAUCUCAUUAGCCACUUCAUCCAGCUCUGCCACGCUGCCUAUCACCUUUAAGUGCCUCCUGGAGAACAACCACAUUGACAGACGAAUCAUUCGCUUUGUACUUCCUGUCGGAGCCACUAUUAACAUGGACGGUACAGCUUUGUACGAAGCUGUGGCGGCCAUAUUCAUCGCUCAGGUCAAUAACUACGAGCUGGACUUCGGGCAGAUCAUCACCAUCAGUAUCACUGCUACAGCAGCCAGUAUAGGUGCUGCGGGCAUCCCACAGGCUGGUCUGGUAACCAUGGUGAUAGUAUUAACUUCAGUGGGACUCCCUACUGAUGACAUCACUCUCAUCAUCGCUGUGGAUUGGGCACUGGAUCGAUUCAGGACAAUGGUGAAUGUGAUGGGCGAUGCUCUUGCCACAGGAAUCAUGGCACAUAUAUGCAGAAAAGACUUUGUGAAGGAGGGUGAAGAGAUUCCUCUAAUCUGUGAGACCAAACCCAUGAUCAGCAUCCAACAGAUGAUAUCCCAUCAAAAAAACGGUUUCCAGCCUCCUCCACCAGGCCCCACAAGGAAACCCUCUCACCUUUCACCCGACGUGGCCCGCCUCAUGCAGCUGGAGGAGGGCAUCAAGCCAGAAAAGAAAAAGUCCCCGCACUUGUCUCCACACAAUUAUAAAAGAGCGCACAAAGACAAGGACCACUGUGCCAUUGAUAUGAAUGGUCUGGAGACCAAUGUCUAGACUCUCUCAGAGCAUGACUGGUGCAUUUUAUGACCAAACAAAAAGACCAAGUGCUCAGAACUGGCAACCAAUCUUUUGCUUUAACUUUCUGAUACCACAGAGGAUUACAGGUCUUUGGACCCGGUUGCUGUUUGCUGCACCUGUUCCUUGUUUCUUUUAAAUAUCACAGAGGAUGAUGAGCAGAUAUGUGGAAAAAGAUCUGUGUAUAUAUAUAAGUGCUUUGUCAUUGUGUGUUUUCCUUGUUAUCUAUUGGCGACAAAAGACGCCAUGUACUUUUUAAAACUACUGAUGUCUAUGGAAAGUGUACAGUAUACUGUAUUCUGGUUUCUUUUGCAAUAUUUAUAAUUUUUUGAAUGCUUUUUCUGUUCAAGUCUGUUUUUUAUUAUAACAGAGAGAAUACAUUUUGUCUCCUUGAGAGGAUGUAAGCACCAGUGAUCAUAAUACAGUGGCCUCGAAAAGUACUGCAAUGGUUAAAUGUCAUAUUUUGAGGAUUA